ACCGCGUGUUUCAUAGCCAUGGCUGUGGGCUGUCACUUGUGUGCCAUGCGCAUUCCUUAAAUCUUGACCGCCACUCUUCUCGCCACCUAACAACCGCUUUCUCUGCGCAGCCCCCACCACACAAAAAUGGUACGUGAACCUUACUGCCCCUCUUGUCCUUUUAUAGUUUAUUUUUUCUCUCCUUUGCUUACAAAUGGCCGCUUUGUUUUUUUCCUUGCUAUAUAUUAAGAAGAGCUCCAAUUAACUCAAUGCACCAAAUUCUCAGAUCCAUUUCUAGCUAAUCGAUAAGGCUGAUUCAUCACCCCUAAUGAAGUUUAUGGUAUUUCUUGUGGUUUUUCCUUGGAUGGCUGCAUUUGCGUGGAACUUUUCCCAAGAUUUUGACAUCACAUGGGGAAGUGACCGAGUUAGGAUACUGGACAAAGGGGAGCAGAUCACUCUCUCCCUUGAUAAAGACUCCGGUUCAGCUUUUCAAUCCAAGAAUGAGUAUCUAUUUAGCAAUAUUUCCGUGCAACUUAAACUUGUCCCUGGCAACUCCGCCGGCACUGUGACAUCCUACUAUGUAAGCAGUACUUCUGCAUGUUUUUGCAUUUCCUGCUAAAAUUCACUAGUUUGGAUAUGCUCCUCUAAGUCUGUUUAUGCUGCAGUUAACCUCAAAAGAAUCAACAUGGGAUGAAAUAGACUUCGAAUUCUUGGGGAAUUUGAGUGGUGAUCCUUACACUGUUCACACCAAUGUAAUUACUGGAGGUAAAGGAGACAGAGAACAACAAUUCCACCUCUGGUAUGACCCAACAGCAGAUUUCCACACCUAUUCCAUCCUCUGGAAUCCCCAUGUCAUUAUGUAAGAACACUUGAAUGGUAUCUUUAUCUACAAAAAUAACUCAAAUUUCAUGGUGAAUUACUCUGUUCCUUCCCUUUCCUUUUCACCCUUCGUUCUCACUGAAUAUACAUAUUUCAGCUUCUAUGUUGAUGGUACCCCUAUUAGACAGUUGAAGAACUUGAAUUCAACUAAAGUUCCAUUCCCCAAGAGGCGGCCAAUGAGAAUUCAUUCAAGCAUUUGGAAUGCAGAAGAGUGGGCAACAAGAGGAGGUCUUAUCAAAAUAGAUUGGACCAAAGCUCCUUUCACAGCUUCCUAUAGGAACAUCAGUGCACAAGCUUGCAUUUGGCCUUCCAGGGCUUAUCCCUGCAAUUCCAAUUCAUGGCUGGCAAAGGAGCUGGAUGCUCCAAGCCUGGAAAGGUUGAUGUGGGUGCAGAAGCAUUACAUGAUUUACAACUAUUGCAUUGACACAAAGCGAUUCCCUCAGGGACUCCCUCUCGAAUGUGCUGCUACAACAUAGAUGGAAAGCCAUUCUGCUUAUUGCCAGCAGCCGCAGAAGACAGACACAACCUAUAUCACAGAUCUUUUACCAAAACCAUGCUACUAUAUCAACCUUAAGUUGCCUGAAUUUACUCUAUUUCUCCAAUUAAUUAGAAGUUGUCACUUUGAAUUAGAUAAUGAUUUUGAAUAAUAAAAGCACACCAAUUAAGAGGGUUUUUUUGUAUGUAGAAAAAUCAGUAAGCCAAUUUAACUCGAAGUUCAACUGGUUCAUAGACAUCUUUAAAAAAUAGACACCUUUAAAAGAUAAUAUGUAGGAGUUUAAAUAUCAACUACAUAA